AUGUUUCCUUCGUUCUUAAAGGGCCUGCUCCUCGCAGGAGCAUUCGUCUUGAGGGUUCAGGCAGACAUUCCGAUCCGCAUAACAUCGCACAACAUACGAUACGCGACUUCAAGCCCUUUCACCGGAGAGAAGCCAUGGACGGACCGCAAAUUACUAGUAAUCAACGAGCUCAAGUACAACACACUGUACAAUGACGAGGCAUUUGUGUGUCUGCAGGAGGUCCUCAAUGCUCAAUUGACAGAUGUGAUGGGUGAUUUUGGAUCCGACUGGGACUAUAUCGGCGUGGGUAGAGAUGAUGGGAAGAAAGCAGGAGAGUACAGCCCAAUCAUCUUCCGGAAAGCAGUAUGGAAGGUAGAUACAUGGAAGACGGUUUGGCUGAGCCAAACACCCGACAAGCCAGGCAGUAAGGGAUGGGAUGCGGCGUCGAUCCGCAUCGUCACGGUAGGCACAUUUGUCCACCAAGCCUCAAAGCAGAAAGUCGUCGGCAUGUGCACGCACCUUGAUGAUCAGGGCGCCACCUCGCGCACCGAGUCCGCGAAGCUCAUCCUCAAGGUCGCCAACGAGACGACGCACAAUGGCACCACUACCAAGCCUAUCCCUAUGUUCCUCGGCGGUGACCUCAAUUCCGAGCCGUCUGGCUCGGCGUACCAGAUCCUGAACGCAAAAGACUCAGCAUUGCAAGCGGUCAAGGACGUGGCGCCGAGGAAGUAUGGAAACCCAAAGACGACCUUCACGGGCUUCCAAGAGAGCGACGCGAAAACAGAGCUUGAUCAUGUGUUUGUGGAUCGGAGAGCGGAUGUUUGGGAGGCGACGGGGUUCGCGGUUCUACCAAACAAGUUUGACGAUGGAGUGUACGCCUCUGAUCACAGGGCUGUAGUCGGAGAUGUGGUGUUGAAGGUGCAGACAUAG